CAUCUUGACUUCUUGACAAGUACCUAACCGCCUAACCCUACUCUUCUUUUUUAAUACAAAACUCGGAAACGUUGGGAUGCAAAUUGAAUUAUACCAUAAUCCUGUUAUAUUCCUUGUUAUAUGUCAUGCCCAAGUCAUCAAGUAAUAUAUUAGCAAUGAAACUGUUACGUAGAAACAGCUUGAAGAACUUGCUAUUACUUUUUACAUUGGUGUUCAUCCUCUACAUAUUUGGGGUCUUUCAUCAUCUAUUUGAGACCAAUUUUUACGAUGAAUUCCAUUAUCCUUAUGAUGGAGACAUUGAGGUGUUUGUGGAGAAACUUAAGCAUAACAUUACACCCGAUGUAAAACCUAUCAAUAUGUAUAAUUACAAUUUUGAUAAGAAUCCUUCCUUCAAGUGCUUCAACAUAGAAAACCUGAGAUUAGUGUUUCUAGUGAAAUCUUCGCCAGAAAAUUUCGACCAACGUAUUGCAAUUAGGAGCACCUGGGGUUUUGAGAGACGUUUUUCAGAUGUGGAAAUUAGGACUGUAUUCCUUUUAGGCCAGAAAAAUAAUAUGAUACUACAACAAUCAGUUGAUGAGGAAUCCAGGCGGUUUUCAGAUAUUGUGCAAGGCAAUUUUACCGAUUCUUAUUACAACAAUACAUUUAAAACUAUGAUGGGAUUAGAGUGGGCUUCAAAAUAUUGUUCAAAAGCAAGUUUUUACAUGAUCGUAGAUGAUGACUACUAUGUAUCUACAAAAAAUGUAUUGAGAUUUAUUCGUUACCCAUCAAAUUACCCUGAUUACCUGAUACAUCCCAUGACGAACAUACAGAUUCUGUUAAAACAAAGACAUAUUCAGCAAUUGGAUGAUCUAGAACUACCAGAUGAUGCAAGAUUAUAUGCAGGAUAUGUCUUUAAUUCAUCUCCACAUAGACAUAUGACAAGUAAAUGGUAUGUAUCUUUGACAGAAUACCCAUACCAUAUGUGGCCUCCUUAUGUUACAGGAGGUGCUACAUUAUUUUCUCAAAUUGCAUUGAUAGAUAUGUAUUAUGCCAGUUUUUACACUAAACAUUUUCGAUUUGAUGAUAUCUAUGUGGGGCUAUUGGCAUACAAAACUAAAAUUGAACCUUGUCAUUGUAGUGAAUUCUUUUUCUACAAUAAAGCAUAUAAUAAAUUGAAUUAUCAAUAUACUGUAGCCUCACAUGGAUUUAAAGAUCCCAAAGAACUGAUACAUGUUUGGACUGAACAGAAAAGUUUAGGCAAUGCAUGAAAGGAGAAAUACACUAAAAAACUGUGAUAGUAGUUCAUAUAUAUUAUUAUUGUACUAUCUGUGCUAUAUACAUUAUAAUCAUUAAGAAUAAAGUUGUAACUUUCAUAUAUCAUUUUUAUUUUUGAUACUUAAGACUAAAAAAAGUAGUACAAAAAAUUAGUUAUUAAUAUUAUACAAAAUUAAG